UGAUGAGAAACAGCUGACGGCGAGGACCGGCGCCCGCCAUGCCCAGGCUCGCUGCCCUCCUGCCCGGCCCUCGUGCCCAGCCGCCGCUGCCCACGCGUGGCCUCCGCGCCGGGCACUCGACGCCCUGCCGCCCCGCGUGCCCAGGAGAGGAGUGCCCGGCGGGAGAGGAGGGCACGAGGCUGCAGGACGGGCAUGGCCGGGCAUGGCCGCAGUGGGACUGGGUACGUGUCGUGGGCACGGCUUGCGGCGGGCGGCUUGGCCUCGGCGCCGCCAACGGCCUCAGCCCACUUGCCGCCCCGAGACGUGCCCAGGAGCCCUGCUGGGCCUCCAGUGCAGUUCUGGGCGCCGAAGUGAGCAGUUUGUGGUUAUGUUGGCUAGAAAGUGUCAGAAAAGACCAGCACCACCAUGGCUGGGCCGGUCACCGAAUUUGUGGUGGGGUGGAACGUAGUCCAGACCCUGGGAGAGGGUGCCUUUGGAGAAGUAAAAUUACUAAUCAAUAAGGACACUGGGGAGGCAGUUGCCAUGAAGAUGGUUGACUUGGUCAAACAUCCAGAUGCAGCAGAUGCUGUGCGCAAGGAAAUAUGUCUGCACCGCAUGUUAAAACAUGCAAACAUCAUAAAAUUUUAUGGAAGUCGCCGUGAAAAUUCAAUGCAGUACAUGUUCCUGGAAUACGCUGCAGGUGGUGAACUGUUUGACCGCAUUGAGCCUGACACGGGCAUGCCUCCCCACCAGGCACAGAAGUACUUCAGGGAAUUGAUCAGUGGUGUGGAAUACCUCCAUGGACGGGGUGUUACACACCGGGAUCUCAAGCCAGAGAACUUGCUGCUUGACGAGAAUGACCAUCUUAAGAUAACAGACUUUGGAAUGGCCACUCUCUUCAGACACAAUGGGAAGGAACGUGAAUUGGAUCGUCGUUGUGGAACAAAACCAUACAUGGCACCUGAAGUAUUGCUGAGACCCUAUAAUGCCGAACCUGCAGAUAUUUGGUCUUGUGGAGUGAUUCUUGUUGCACUGCUAGCUGGUGAAUUGCCAUGGGAUGAGCCAACUUUUUCUUGUCCAGAAUACACGGCCUGGAAAGACCGAGAUUGUAGAUUGUUCACAACCACACCUUGGACAAAGGUGGACAAUCUGGCCCUCUCUCUUUUGCGCAAGGUAUUGAACACUGUACCUAGGCAUCGAGCAACAGUACCUCAGGUGAAAGCACAUCAGUGGUUCACAAAGAACUACCACAAAUCAUCAGGUUUUGGACGCAAUGCAUCGAAUGACAGCAUGACCCCUACUACCAAGCGUGUGUGCAGUGAGCUUGAACGGGAAAACUCCUCGUUUUGUUUGGAAGACAUGUCAGCACGGUUAGCAUGUUCACAGCCAGAGGCCCCUACAUCUGCUUCAAUUAAUACUGUUAAUAAUGGUCCUAAUGUAGAAAAGGGGGUUGUGAGCUUCUCACAGCCAGCCCAACCUGACCAGCUGUUGCUUUCCUCUCAACUUACUCAAAGUACACAAGCAAGUCAGACACCACUGCAGAGGCUUGUGAAACGCAUGACUCGCUUGCUUGUAAGGACCAACUUGGAGGACACCCUUACUCACCUGGAAGCAUUGUUCAACAAGAUGAACUACACUUAUCGUAUGCACAAUAUCAAUGUUCUUACUGUAACCACUCUGGAUCGACGUGGAGCUCAACUUGUGCUGAAAGCAAGCAUACUGGAUAUGGGCCAGCAUAUUCUUGUGGAUUUCAGGCUUUCAAAAGGAUGUGGAUUGGAUUUUAAGAGACAUUUUCUGCGAAUUAAAGAGGGUUUAUCUCAUAUAGUAAUCAAGGGUCCUGUAACUUGGAAUAUGGCUCUAGCAACAAAUAUGCUACCAGCCUAAUUUGACCCAGACUGAAAUUUUGAAGUCUUUCAAAAUUUAUAUGCUGAAUGUUACUCAUGCUUGUGUAAGAUGUAAAGUAUUAGUCUGUAAUGAAUAAGCUAUGAUUUAUACUCGCUUAAAGUAUAAAAGGGUUUGAUAUUGAAUGGGUUUGAUAUUGAAUGUGUGAUUAACUUCGAAAGGAUCUGAAUGCAAGACUAGUAUGCCUGUAAUAAUUUUUCCGUCUAGAUUAAGCAUUUGGUUAACUUGAAAGGUGACCUCCCAGUAAUAGUAGUAAGGCAGAAUGUUCCAGCAACAUUGGCUGCCUGGAUAGGUAGUGAGUACCCAUCUCAACAGUGUGCUGCGGUUGUAAGAGAAGUCUUGCUAUUGACCAGCCUCCUCUCUACUCUCGCAGGCAGAAUUCUAGUCUUUCACUGAUGGGUGCUUGCUUGCUUUUACGAAAGUAAAAAAAAAAAUUGUUCAAUCAUUCCAUUUUCCAAUAGAGGAAGAAAAACUUUGUUAACUUACUGUCAGUUAAAGAAAUAAUUUUUAUUUUUAUUUACAAGACUUUUAUUAUUCCUAUUUUUUGGUGGCAUAAUAUUUCAAAGAUAGUAAUUUUCUCUAGUCUAGUAUAAAUAAAAACAUUAAAGUGUUCUUAGUUUAUUUCAGUUGAAUAAAUUUGAAGGAUUAUCAUGCAAACACUUGGGAGUAGAACUAUAAAUACCUAUCCUCUAGCUUGUGUAGAGAGAGGGCAUGUACUAAGCUUCGGCCCUGUCCACACGAGGGACAGUUAACACAUGGGUAAAGACAUCAGAAAGUAUGGGCAGUCUCUUGGAAUAGCCAUGCCUGUUCCCUGUAACGGGUCUUUCCAGAGUGAGAAUGUGAGGUUACUCUCUCACUUCUGACAUGCCAAUACCCUUGUGCCUAUGCGGGCAUUCCUUUGUGUGUAUAGUAGAAAUUUAUUGGUGUGGUUUCAUUGUUCAAAGUGUUGGUAAAAUUUUCACCAGCUUUACUCAUUUCGUUAUUGAUAUGGUUAAGUUCAGUUAAAUAUUUCUGAAUAGUGUAGCAUGAAAUAUUUGAUGAGUACAUAAAACGGUUUCAUCAACCAUUGCUGAAGUUUUUCUAACUAGAGUAGAAAUGAUGUACAUAACAUAGUACAAAACUGGAUAGAAAAUUGAAUUGACUUUUAAGAAUGAAACUGAGUUUGUAACUUAAAAGAAAUUUAAGUAUUUAUGGAAUGCUUCCGUAUCAUAUUAAAAAAUAAGUAUACAAACUGUGAAAAGCGCAAAAGUGAAUACUGAAGGUAUCCAGAAAAUUGUGCCUGAAGCAGAAUACCUUUCGAGAUGAUUCUUGCAUUGAAGUAAACAGCUAAUGGUGUUGACUCCAAAUUACUGCAUGAUCAAUCUAACCAUGCAGUAUAGUCGAGCAUCAGCAUUUGGAUAAAUUGCGUGAUGCUUAUUCAUAUCCUUUUUACUUGAAGCAAACUCAUCUCGAAUUACCCCUUGGCCUUGGCUGUAUACUGGCCGAUUAUUUCCUGUAACCUGAAAAAUGUGCAAAAUUGAGUUUUAUGAACUAUUUACGUUAAUGGAAUUUGAAGGUGUAAUUUGCUUCAUAUACCCCAGUUAUGCUCUCGGUGAUUGUCAAGGAAAAUAAAACUGUAUUUUUA